CCACAGCAGAGCAGAGACGACGACCACCACCAAGCGGGGCACGGGGCGCGGGCGGGAGCGCGACGCGGAGGGUGGUGGUGGUGGAGGGAAGGAGGGGGAGAGGUGGACGCGAACGCGAGCGCGAGAGGGAGGGGAGGAGAAACCGAAGCGAGCGAGAACAAAAAACACCAAAAAAAACAGGGGGAGCCCAGAGCAGGGGGAGGAAAGGAAAAUAAACUACUGGCCAAACCCUAGCCCGGGUACGCUCUCGGCUUUCCCACCCAACACCUCCAAGCCCCGCCCCGUCCCCCCGCCGCGGUCCCGCGAUGCGCCGGGCGAAGCCGCCGCAGCCGUCGCCGUCGCCGGAGAUCCGGUACCGCGGCGUGCGGAGGCGGCCGUCGGGGCGCUACGCCGCCGAGAUCCGGGACCCCGCCAAGAAGACCCCGAUCUGGCUCGGCACCUUCGACUCCGCCGAGGCCGCCGCGCGCGCCUACGACGCCGCCGCCCGAUCCCUCCGCGGGCCCACCGCCCGCACCAACUUUCCGGCCUCCGCGCCGCCGCGGCACAGCAGGCCCCCCGCCUCCGCGGCGGCGGCGGCGGCGGCCACGUCCAGCCAUAGCAGCACCGUAGAGUCGUGGAGCGGCGGCGCCACCCGCGUCGCCACGGCCGCCCUGGCGCGCAGCGCCGCCGCCCCGAUGGAGGAGGAGGAGGACGAGGAGGACUGCCGCAGCUACUGCGGAUCCUCGUCGUCCGUCCUCUGCGAAGACGACGGAGGCGACGACGACGCGGCCGCCUCCCGCGCGCCCCUGCCGUUCGAUCUGAACCUGCCGCCGCCCCUCGACACGGCCGCCGAGGCCGAUCAGAUGGGUGCCCGCUACGACACGCUGCUCCGCCUCUAGCUCACGAGAACUACGGGGAUUCCGUCCGAGCCAGGAAUCAGAGGAAGGAUCGAGACCAGCGCUGCUCUCUGCUCCGCCCAUGUCCUCCUCCUGCUGCUGAUCCGGUGGUGUUCUCUCGCUAGAUGGAUAAUUCUUCUUCUUUUUUCCCCUUCUUUUUCUCUUCUUUUUUCUUUCUUACCACGAUGAUGAUGAUGAUGAUGAAGAUGGUGAUGAUUCGAUAUGUGAAUAAUUCUGUCAUGUCCAUGUAAGCUGCGAGGAAGGAAAUCUGAGCUUUUCCUUAUCUUUCUCUCUGGUAUUUUGAGUGAAAUUUCUGCUUAUGUUGGUUCAUUAGUUGGGAAGAUAAUGGAAGAAAUCAAGAAAAAAAUAUUUAUACAGAUCAUUUGCUGCUGCUUUAGCAUCUCAGCUUAGAGGGUUCAACUGACUGAACUGAGCACAUUCCUAGCAUAUUUUACUAACAACUCAGUCAUCUAUGGAUAUGGAUGUGCAAAACACCAUAUCGAUGCAUGCCUUGCAAGCUACAAGGUUGCUAAUACAAUGGUGGUUCUUCUCUCAAGCAGGCUGAUUCUAUUCUUUGCUAUUUCUUGUAAGCAUUGGCUUGACAGUAACUGGUCCCGUUGAUCUUAUCCUGUGACCUUGAAGCAAAUUCCUGAAGACUCUGUUGUGACCCUGAAGCAAAUUUGAAGACUACUUGUGGGACAAUUAACGACGUAGAUGACUAGAGGUGUUUGCUUGCUCAUCACAGUGGUUAUAUUUUUCAGGACAUCUCAUUCGGAUGAGUAAGGUGAUGUGUAGCUAGCUCCUCCUCAUACAUGAUUAGCCCCUCCUUAUACAUGAUUAGUCCCUCAUACAUGAUUAGCACCUCCUUCUGUGUGUAAAAAUGCAUAGCUCAUGUGUUUGUUUGAUUUACUCAUGUUCUUGAAACAAGAUGUCGAAUUGAACUGUGCAAUGCUCAUCGCCAACAUUUGAUUUCAUGA